AAGACGACCGUGUUGGCACAAUCCUUCUAAAAAAGCCCUAGCUCCAGGAAAUAGCUCCUAUCCUUCUAGUCUUGGUUGGCGAUGGCAAGCAAUAUCGUCGUGUCAUCGCCGGCGGCGUCGUCGGUUUCUCCCAACCUUCCACCAGAAAAAGAAGAGGAGAAAGAGAGAUCCGUAUGUAUCAUCGCCGUAGGCGAUCCUUCCGGUGUUAGCAAGUACAACUGGUACGCAUUCGAUGUCUCCGACGACCCUAACCACAACCAACCUCGUCCCUCCGUCCUCGACCUCACUCUCCCGCCUGCUCUCUCGCCUUACUAUCGCAAAAUCCCCAGCUACCUUCUUCCUUUUCAUGAAGACGAUGAUUAUGUAUCCGUCAAUCUCGAACCUAUAGCCACUAGCGAUUUAGACAGCUGGGCUAGAAAAUUCCGUGGGGUUACAGGCUGGGCGGUUUUGGGUCCCACCACCACCACCACCAAACAGCCUGCUACUUUAUACCGCCUUUGCGCUGAUGGAAAUCUGACCUCUAUUGAGGAUCCGGGAACUUCUGUGCAACGUAUCAAACUCACCAAUGGUGGUGGUGGUGUUACUGGGCGUAGCGGGGAAUGGGAGAGUGUUGCUAAAACGCCUAGUCCUGUUACAAACCCCAGCUGCCUAGUUCUCCGCGGCAAGCUUUAUUGUCUGGGUGGUUUCACCUUCUCCUCAGAAGAUCCAGAAGGAAGGAUGGCCCCCUGGCCGUGGGCUAUGGCCUAUGACCCGGGCGUAGGAAAAUGGGAGCCUCUACCCGACCCUCCAUGUCGUCCCAAGGAUCGGGAUUGUCCUACGUUCACAGCAGCUCUUGACGGCGGCCAAUGGGGUCCGGGUAUUGUGGUAGCUUGGAAUGGUCUCCUUCAAAUCUACCAUGUCAAUGCAAGAAGCUGGGGAAUUCAACCGUUUGAUUGUGAUCACGUCUUUAGCCGCCCUCGAAAUGCGGCUAGGCCCAAAAAUAAGGGAAGGCGAGCUGUGGCUGUUGAGAACAUGUUGUAUUGGUACGUGGUGAAAGAGCAGUGCCUAGUUGGAUAUGAUUUAGUGACAGAGAAUUGGUUCCGGGGCCAUUUACCCAUGCAUAACCACCACGACUAUAUACUCUGGGACAAUCACUCUCCUCCGAGCUUGGUUCAUCUAGGUCGAGAUGGAGUUGACUACGAAUUCUGCUUGUCUUGGGUUUCACGGCUGCCCCCCAGGCCAAAAAUGGAAAAAGAAGCCUGUAUUUCUCGCCUCCACUGCUUGAAAGUUUGUGUUUUUAUUACUAACAAAAUUAUCCGAAAGACAGGAAUUUACCACUUGGAGGUCUCCAUAAUUACCUGCCAAUCUUACUUAGUGGAUGGAAUGAAGACUUUCCGUGGUGCCAUGUUGGUGGAUGGUAAUUUGGGAUACAAGACCUCACCGCAGUUUAUGAUGAAUGAUCUUGAUGGUGAACUUGAGAAAAGAACAGUGACAUACAGUUCAUAGAAUGAAUCUGCGACUUAUAUGGAAAACAAAGGUUGGCACCCUAUGACGUUUAACUAUGCAAAUGUCCUCAGCAAAUCAAACGAAUAAAGGACAUCAAUUUUGUGUGCUACGAGAAUUGGAGCCCCGCACAGAGUGGUGCAGUAACAAUUCUACCCGCGGUCCCUGUUUUUUAUUUGCAACGAAGUUUUCUUGAGGCGCUGCCAUGUGCCUUUUUAGCAGAGGAGUUCUCGGCCCUUCCGAUGCCUCUCUAUUAUUAGAUACACAGCCGUGAUUUUCCUCAAUGCCUCUGACCACCUGUGUUUUUCCACAGCAUAUCUAACCAUCAACUUGUUAUUGAAAGAGGAGUUUGUGAAUAGAAAUGCUCAGGAAAGUUUUGAUACAACACAAUCCAAAAAUUUGUAACUGCGGCUACAUCUGCAUGCAACAUUUGCCGAUUUUUUGGCGCGGUUUUUUUUUUUUUUGGGUCCUUUCUCUUCAUUUCUACUAGUACUACUAGAUUUGGUGUAAUUUUCACA